CAUGGUUUGGGGCCUCCUGUAAUUACCAUAUUUGGGAGGGCGAAUGACCUCGACCACAUAGGAUCAGUCUUUCAAAGUGGACGCGAUUCACACAGGACCAGGGCAAGAAGAGGCGCUGCACCUUUCCUCCCGGUUUUCUCUUCUCUCCUGGACCCCUCAAUCUCCAUUUUUACACACCUCUAGUUGAAGAUGUACCGACUACCCGGCUUGGUUCGCCAGCUGCGUCCGGCGUCUCGGCUGCUCGCGCCAGUGGCCAGACGAGGAUACGCCAAGGACAUCAAGUUCGGAGCAGACGCUCGCGCCCUCAUGCUGCAGGGAGUGGACCAGCUUGCAGAUGCUGUAGCUGUGACGUUAGGGCCCAAGGGUCGUAAUGUCAUCAUAGAACAGAGCUGGGGCAGCCCAAAGAUCACCAAGGACGGCGUGACCGUUGCCAAGGCGAUAGAACUGAAGGAUAAAUGGCAAAACAUUGGGGCCAAACUUGUACAGGAUGUUGCAAACAACACAAACGAGGAGGCAGGAGAUGGUACAACAACGGCAACCGUUCUUGCUCGCACAAUCGCCAAAGAAGGCUUCGAUAAAAUCAGCCGCGGUGGUAACCCCAUUGAAGUCAGGCAAGGAGUCAUGAUGGCGGUUGAAGUCGUCGUGGAUGCCUUAAAGAAAAUGUCGCGAGCAGUCACUACCCCAGAGGAGAUCGCGCAGGUUGCUACCAUCUCCGCCAAUGGUGACAAGGUCAUCGGUGAUCUGAUCUCCGAUGCCAUGAAGAAGGUCGGCCGCAAUGGCGUCAUCACAGUCAAGGACGGAAAGACGCUAUCUGAUGAACUUGAAAUCAUUGAGGGUCUCAAGUUCGACAGAGGUUACAUCUCUCCUUACUUCAUCAACACAGCUAAAGGCCAGAAGGUACAGUACGAAGAUGCGUUUGUCCUCCUGAGCCAAAAGAAGAUCUCGUCUGUCCAGUCCAUCAUUCCCGCGCUCGAGAUCGCCAACCAGCAGAGAAAACCGCUCAUCAUCAUCGCAGAGGACAUUGACGGAGAAGCACUCAGCACACUAGUACUCAACAGGUUAAAGGUCGGUCUGCAGAUAGUAGCAGUGAAGGCUCCAGGUUUUGGAGACAACAGGAAAAACCAGCUCGUGGACAUGGGUAUCGCCACAGGAGCUAUGGUAUUUGGUGAUGAAGCCAUGGAGGUCAAACUUGAAGACCUUCAGCCACACGACCUCGGACAGGUCGGAGAGGUCGUAGUCACCAAGGACGACACGCUACUUCUCAAGGGCAAGGGAAACAAGGCGGACAUCGAGAAACGGGCAGCACAGAUCAUGGAAGAGCUUGACGGAACGACCUCCGAGUACGAAAAGGAAAAACUGAACGAGAGACUCGCCAAGCUGUCAGAUGGUGUUGCAGUCUUGAAGAUUGGAGGCUCCAGUGAAGUUGAAGUGAACGAGAAGAAAGACCGUGUGAACGACGCGCUGUGUGCAACGAGAGCUGCAGUAGAGGAGGGCAUCGUGCCCGGUGGUGGCACCGCGCUCCUCAGGUGUCUCCCUGCGCUGGACGGCAUCACCUGUGAAAACGAGGACCAGAAGACAGGAGUUGAUAUAGUAAGACAGGCCCUGCAGAUGCCGUGCAUGACGAUAGCCAAGAACGCAGGCAUUGAGGGCAUGCUGGUCGUGGACAAGGUCAAGGCGAUGGCUGCUGACGAAGGCUACGAUGCGCUGAAGGGAGAGUACGUGGACUUGAUAAAGUCUGGAAUCAUCGACCCCACAAAGGUUGUGAGGACAGCCAUAGUCGACGCAGCGGGCGUGGCAUCUUUGUUGUCAACGGCAGAAUCUGUCAUCACAGAAAUUCCAAAGGAGGAGCCGGCAAUGCCUGGAGGAAUGGGCGGCAUGGGGGGAAUGGGAGGGAUGGGGGGUAUGGGAGGAAUGAUGUAAAAACACAACAGCUGGACUAGAAAGAACAUUUUUUUCUUGUAAAGAAGGAAUUAUUCCAAUGUGGAUCCAAUGCUGAGAACAUCAUUUUAUACAUAACUGGGAAAUACUGUGUUCUGUGAUAUCAAAAAAUUGUGGUAAGAUGGUUUAAUUACUUGAAUACUGUGACUUCAAUCCAUGCCCUUGGAUCUCCUGAUUGCUAAAAGACUCCCAAAUCUAUGUGAAUACUGCUCCAAAAAAUAUUCACAAGCCAGAAAAUGGGCUAACAAUGUUUCUGAGUGGUGGAUGGGUAAAAGAUUAUAGUAUAUAGUAUAUUAACCAUCGAGAUGUGAAAUUAUUAACAUGAAAAAUAUGGAAGUUUAGGUGUUAUAGUUAGUAUUAUAACAGUAGUUGUAUGGAAGAGAGAUGUAUAAAUGUAAAUUUGAUGGAUCCCAUGCAAUUAUUAGAUUGGACCAUUCCUUCACCGGCCUUCCCAGUAUGCUGUGUUCGUCUGCAGAAGUGUCUAUCACCUGCAGUAGUGAAACCUGCAGUCAGCAUUAUUACUUAGACAAGCUACUAGUGCCCGCACAGAUGUAUAAAUCUUCAGGUUACAUUAUACAGAGGCUUGACCAGGUUCUGAAGACUAGUAUGCAAUCAUGUGACAAAAGUCGUUUGCUUAGAACUGUGUUGCUCUCACCUCCAGUGCCCGUGAAGUACAUGUACAAGUGCAGCAUGCAUUGUUGUUAGUUCUGUCCUCUACAAGGUGUAACACUUUCUCUCCUCGUCCAAUAAAAGGUCUUGAAUUCUUAAAAA